AAGCAAGUUUCGCGUGUAUGGUAUGCAAGAUCGUAUGCUCGCCGUGCUAGACGAACUGCUGGCCAACAAAUUCGAUCCGGCAAACGACGCCAGUCUUGUCCGGGAGCUCUGUCGGGACGAUCUGCCCGACACAGCAGACGUCAAGAGACGUAUCAUAUCUCGUGUUUGGAAGCAGGCAGUGAACAUCUACACCAACACCACGCGUUACAGAGCUUUCCACGAGGCCGUUUCCAAGAUUCACCAGUUCGACAAUGGCAUCGCCCAGCGGCUCGCGCAGCAAAUCAAGGGUAUGGGGUACAUGUACAAGUGUCAGAGAUGUGGCAAGGAGUUCACAUACCCCGGGGACAUUGGGCCCAAAGCGUGGUGUCCCCUUUGUGGAGUGAAGAAUGACACGGUCAAGCUCGGGGCCUUGAAAUAGGAUUGGUUGAUGACGCAUGAACGCGGUAGAGUGCGGUGAUGAUCGCUUCAUCGGGCAUAGCCGCGGAGUCAUACUGUUGGCGGCGUUGU